CUUUAACUAAAUCAUAAUUUCGGUCCUAGAACUCUCGCAUACGCAACCGAAACUCGUUUGAACAGAUCCAUCUGCUUUCCGUCACCGAUAAAUAGAGGAAUCACCAUUCUUCCCCCUCGUUUCCGUGUUUUUGCAAACUCAAACUCUCUUUUUACCUCCGCGCAAAAACGCCAUUCCGUUAGCUUCCGAUUUCCGCUUCGCGUUUUCAGAAAAUCUUCAUCAUCUGAAGCUUGAUCUUUGAAGAUGCCGGAUGAGACCACAAUCACUUUUUAUCGUGAUGGUGAGCAUUUUAUUGAGGUUGAUCCAACUGGACGGUAUGGGCGGUACAACGAUCUACUUGGUUCUGGAGCUGUGAAGAAGGUUUAUAUGGCGUUUGAUCAGAAGGAAGGCAUAGAAGUUGCUUGGAAUCAGGUUCGCUUAGGACGGUUUAGUGAAGAUCCAUCGCUCAUUAAUCGGAUCCACUCUGAGGUUCAGCUACUGAGAUCAUUGAAAAACAAAUACAUAAUCACUUGUUAUAGUGCCUGGAAGGAUGAGGAGCGUAACACCAUAAAUUUCAUUACCGAGGUGUGCACAUCAGGGAACUUGAGAGAGUACAGGAAGAAGCAUCGUCAUGUGUCCAUUAAGGCUUUGAAGAAGUGGUCGAAGCAGGUACUUGAGGGAUUGGAAUACCUCCACACUCAUGAACCCUGCAUUAUUCACAGAGAUCUUAAUUGCAGUAACAUCUUUGUUAAUGGCAAUACUGGCCAGGUAAAAAUUGGUGAUCUGGGAUUUGCAGCUAUAGUUGGAAAGAGCCACUUAGCCCAUUCAAUAAUAGGGACAAUGGAGUACAUGGCACCGGAGUUGUAUGAGGAGGAUUACACGGAGAUGGUGGACAUAUACUCCUUCGCGAUGUGCCUGCUCGAGGUGGUUACUAUGGAGAUACCUUACAGCGAAUGUGACAGUGUUGCAAAGAUAUACAAGUACGUCACUACGGGGAAAAAGCCACAAGCCUUGAACAAGGUGGCUGAUCCAGAAGUCAAGGCGUUUAUUGAGAAGUGCAUAGCUCAGCCAAGGGCUAGACCUUCAGCCUCUGAGCUUCUCAAGGAUACGUUCUUUUCUGAACUCGGUGACGAAGAGACUGAUGUGACACGUGCCUAGAUAUCUCACCAGCUUUACUGUUUCUGAUUUAAUGCUACUGAUUGACGGGCUUCAAUGAAGUGUAUGCCGCCCAUUUAUCCGUUUCUCUCUCCCGACUCCUCGCCUCAAAUUGUUCUACAUGUAGAUAUACACGUAUUACGUAUACAAUAGAUCGAACCAAUGAUGCUUGUGUAGUUGUGUUGCUUGUACAACUAAACCUUAGAUAUGUCUUACUGGAUUCAUAUGCUACUGUCUUGUAUCAUUUCGAACGUUUCUUAACAUUUAACGAC